UUUGUGGAACACACACAUGAUAUAAAGUACAUUUACUACUUUAAGUCUCCCAGUAAUUUUGAGAAACAGUGCUGCUGUUGACUUCUGUUUUUUUCUUUACCCUUAUUGACAUCUGAUUGUGAUUACGUUUAUUUAGUUAUAAGCUGGAAGUGAACAGGAAUAUUGACCUUACUGUAGUAGACACGUGUUAUACACAGACUCACGAGCAAGGACUUGAUUAUAAACUCUGUGCUGUGCAGUUUCCUGUAAAGUUCUCCGAAAUUCAGCCUCAUAUUUGCCUGGUACUCUCUUUUGCUUUGGCUCUCAGGACGUAAAACUCUGUGAUCUCUUGCCGAUCACUGACGCUCAUCCUCCCAUGAUGCCAGUCAGGGUCAGGGUUAGAGUUCUUGGAGGGUAUGGUUUAUGAAGCUAAGUUUCUUCAUUUGUACUUAUUCCCUUUCUAAAUUUUAUUUGUAGUUUAGUAAUAACCACUAUAAUAUUUCUAGUCAAGCUUUAAAAUCUCAUCCUUACUGUGAUGGGUAGUGAUUUUAAUACCUGUGGCACAUUAUCUCUUAUUUAUAGGGAUAUUAAGAAUAGGAUAUGAGGAGAUCUGAAGGAUCCUAAAAGUAAAAGACAUUGUUGGAUCCCUUUUUAAAUAGCUAUAACCUUCUGUCAGAUUCAAUUUUCAUGAAUUAUGACUUAUAUUUUUAAUUAAUUUUUGUCAUUUUGAGACAGUGUCUCCUGUAACACAUGCUGGCUAUAAACUAAGUAGUAGAGAAUGGUCUUGAACUACUGAUCCUCUUCCUCCUACCUCCCAAAUGCUGGUAUUAUAUGUGUGCCAUGGCCUAUUUUUCUUGUUUUCAUUGAGAUGGUCCCAUCUAGCCCAUGGUUUCAGAUUCUUCAUGUAGCUGAUGGCUGACCUUGAACUCCUGUGGGCCACCAAGCCUAGCUUUACAAACACAACUUGUAGAAUUUGUGUUCGUAUUGAAACUUUAGUACAUUUAUUGUUUAUUUUGCAUGUUUGUAUGUACGUGUCCAUGCAUAUCUGUCUCCAGAGAAAGAACUCAAGGCAUGUGGCUUGGUGGUAAGCGUAUUUAGUGAUGAGCUUGACUUCUAGGAAUUGUCGCCUUGUAAUGCAAUCUAAAGGAAAUGCACAUGGGAGUGGGAGUCUUGCAUGUACAGAGACCUAAGAGGUAGCUGAAGGUAAACAACUGAACUAGAACACUCUUGCCCUGUGACCUAAGCUAGGUUGUUAAUGCUGUGACUCGAAUCAUUGUAUUUAUAAUUAACCACCUUGCAUACUUGUAAGGAGUGUUUUGGGGGUUGUCUUGAAGGGUUAUGGUUCUUUAACCUGAUCUUUUCCUUCCUUCAUAUUCAUAUUUGGAAUUCUGAACAAAAUAAUGUGAAACUUACUUCAGUAAUAAGCAUGGUUCUUCAUGAAGUCUUAUGAUUUCUCUUUAGAGAUCGGGUCUAAUUCUUUGUGACUCAUCUCAUUUUUUUUGUGUGUGAGGAAAAAGAUUGACUUUAGUAAAUAGAAGACAGUUGUGAAAACAGAAGUAUUUUCUUGAGGCUCUACCAACUUCGCUCAUGUUACAGGUUUGUUAUUUUCAUCUAGAAGCAUGUAGCAGUUACCUGGUUGAUGUUUACUUUAAAAUUUAUUUAAGCACUUGAUAAUGUUGAAAGAAAUAUAAUACUAUUUUAAAUGUUUUAAACAUCUGUGUGUACACAUGUGAGUAUGUGUGAGUGUUGCAGUGAGCAUGGAGAGGUCAAAAGACAACAUGGAGUUGGUUCUUUCCUUCAAACAUGUGUGUUCUAGGAACUAAAUUUAGGUUAUCAGGCAGCAGUUACCCACUGAACUGUUUUAUCAGCCCUGUUUUGUCCUAUUUAGAAACUCAGGAAUGAAUUUAUAUGAUAUAAGAUAUAGAAAAAUAUUAUGGCCUUAUAAAAUUAUUUAUAAAUAAUUCAAUAAUGAAAAUAUAUCCUAAAACCAGAAGUAUUAUCUUGUUCAGUAGCAUAUGUAGAAAUUGAAUUAAAAUUGAGGAUGUCUGAAUUUUUCAGUCACAUUGUCUGUUUCAAAUAUGCUCAGGUGAAUGUGUCUGGUGUCCCUUAUAGUCUAUCUUUUGAUGGUUUCCAAAGGAAGCAGAAAGUAGCACAGGCAAUUUUUCUUAUUGGAAAUAGAAGUUUAAAACUACAAUAUAUUCUGAUUAUAUUUCCCCUCACACAACUCCUACCUACACAGUUACCCAAAUCCACAAUCUUUAUUAUCUCUCUCAUUAGGAUACAAACAGGCAUCUAAAGAAUAAUAAAUAGUAAUAAAGUAAAAUUAGAUAAUAUGAAAACGAACCAGACUAGGAUGAAAAAACAAACAAAACAAAACAACAACAACAACAACAAAAACCAGAAGAACCAGAGCCAAAGAAAAAGAUCAAUAAACACAUUAUAGACUCACACAUCUGCAUACAGAAAAAUCCCAUUAAAAACAUAAAAUCAGAAACUAUAAUGUAUACACAAAGGAAUUGUAAGAUUUAAAAAAAAAACCCUGGUAAACCAUUCUGAGACAAAGAACUUCUAAAAUUGCUACUGAAUUCAUUUUGUGUUGGGCAUCUAGUACUGGGCAUGGGGUCUGGCCUUAAAAGGGUUUAUAUCCCCAGUGAGACUCUAUUGGAGAUCACUGAUUUUUCAUUUGUGAUCACUUAUCAAUAAGAGACAGCUGCUGGGUUAGGGAUAUGGGUCCAUUUCCCCUCUCAGGUCUGGGUCACAGGUAAUUUUUAAAUGGAUGCUAUUGUGUUUAGCUGCGAUACAAAAAUGAACUAAAGAUUUCAGUUUGUUGACUUUUUUACACAUCAGGAGCCAGGUUUUUGUUGUCAUUUUUUAUAUAAUUUGUUGGCUCACUGCUGCUAAUUUUGAGCUUUUGCCAGUGAGUUCCUGUAGCUUGUGCUUCCUGAUCCUAGUUUAAGAUUCAGUUCCUGAAAGUCAUUGCCUAUAGUGUAGUAGAGGAAAAACUCUUCUCCCUUCUCAGGUUGAAUAUUUGGAGACAUGUGAACUGAACUGAGAAGAACCAGAUCAAUUAUAACUGCACAUUGAGAGAAAACUAAAGGCAUAGAUCCUAAAGAUGUCUUCUAGUAAUGACCACGUGUUAGUACCGAUGUCACAGAGAAACAAGAACGGCCUUCCUGGAAUGAGCUCCAGAGGCGCGAGGACGCUCGCAGAGGGAGAUGUGCUAAGUUUUCAUCACAUCACCUAUCGAGUGAAAGUGAAGAGUGGCUUUCUAGUCCGGAAAACAGCUGAGAAAGAAAUACUAUCAGAUAUCAAUGGGAUCAUGAAACCUGGUCUUAAUGCUAUUCUGGGACCCACAGGCGGAGGCAAGUCUUCGUUGCUAGAUGUCCUAGCAGCAAGGAAAGACCCACGGGGAUUAUCUGGAGAUGUUUUGAUAAACGGGGCACCUCAACCUGCCAAUUUCAAAUGCAGUUCAGGUUAUGUGGUUCAAGAUGACGUUGUGAUGGGCACCCUGACAGUGAGAGAAAACUUACAGUUCUCAGCAGCUCUUCGCCUUCCAAAAGCUAUGAAGACGCAUGAAAAAAAUGAACGGAUUAACACGAUCAUUAAAGAGUUAGGCCUGGACAAAGUAGCAGAUUCCAAGGUUGGAACUCAGUUUACCCGUGGUAUCUCUGGAGGAGAAAGAAAAAGGACAAGCAUAGGAAUGGAGCUCAUCACUGACCCUUCCAUCCUCUUCCUGGAUGAGCCCACAACUGGUUUGGACUCAAGCACAGCAAAUGCUGUCCUUUUGCUCCUGAAAAGGAUGUCUAAACAGGGCCGGACCAUCAUCUUCUCCAUUCACCAGCCUCGGUAUUCCAUCUUUAAGUUGUUUGACAGCCUCACCUUACUGGCUUCUGGGAAACUCAUGUUUCAUGGCCCAGCACAGAAGGCCUUGGAGUACUUUGCAUCAGCAGGUUACCACUGUGAGCCCUACAACAACCCUGCAGACUUCUUCCUUGACGUCAUCAACGGAGAUUCUUCGGCUGUAAUGUUAAACAGAGGGGAACAAGACCAUGAAGCAAACAAGACAGAAGAGCCUUCCAAGAGAGAGAAGCCAAUAAUAGAAAAUUUAGCCGAGUUUUAUAUCAACUCCACCAUCUAUGGAGAAACAAAAGCUGAAUUAGAUCAACUUCCAGUAGCUCAGAAAAAGAAAGGAUCAUCAGCCUUCAGAGAGCCUGUAUAUGUUACCUCGUUCUGUCAUCAGCUCAGAUGGAUUGCCAGGCGUUCAUUUAAAAACCUGCUCGGGAAUCCUCAAGCUUCUGUAGCUCAGUUAAUUGUUACAGUCAUACUGGGACUGAUUAUUGGUGCCCUUUACUUUGGUCUGAAAAAUGAUCCCACUGGAAUGCAAAAUAGAGCUGGGGUUUUCUUUUUCCUGACUACCAACCAGUGUUUUACCAGUGUGUCAGCUGUGGAGCUCUUCGUAGUGGAGAAGAAACUCUUUAUACAUGAGUACAUCAGUGGAUAUUACAGAGUAUCUUCUUACUUCUUUGGAAAGCUUGUGUCUGACUUACUACCUAUGAGGUUCUUGCCAAGUGUUAUAUACACUUGUAUAUUAUACUUCAUGUUAGGACUGAAGAGGACGGUGGAGGCUUUUUUCAUCAUGAUGUUUACCCUUAUAAUGGUGGCUUAUACGGCCAGUUCCAUGGCCCUGGCCAUAGCCGCAGGCCAAAGCGUAGUGUCUGUAGCAACACUUCUCAUGACGAUCUCUUUUGUGUUUAUGAUGCUCUUUUCUGGCCUCUUGGUGAAUCUCAGAACCAUCGGGCCUUGGCUGUCCUGGCUUCAGUACUUUAGCAUUCCUCGAUAUGGCUUCACAGCUUUGCAGCAUAAUGAAUUCUUGGGACAAGAAUUUUGCCCAGGACUCAAUGUAACUAUGAACAGCACCUGUGUUAACAGCUAUACAAUAUGUACUGGUAAUGACUACUUGAUAAAUCAGGGCAUCGAUCUGUCACCUUGGGGACUGUGGAGGAAUCAUGUGGCCCUGGCUUGCAUGAUCAUUAUCUUCCUCACAAUUGCCUACCUGAAAUUGUUGUUUCUUAAGAAGUAUUCUUAAUUUCCCCUUGAAAGGACUAUUGAUAGUACUCCUAUUAAAUAUGGGCACUUUGAUUAACAUAGUCAGUGUUCUUUUCUUCACAGUUAUUCUGACAUACAAAAAUACCUAGUACUGAAAACUAAGGACAUCAUAUUAAGCCCAUCAAUUAGUAGUCAUGGGCAGAAAAAUCCAGUCAGAUUUCCUGAUUUGAAAAGGGGAGACUUGAAUUCUAGAUACUGGUGAUAUGUCACUAAUCUGUAUUUCAUCAUCUUUUAAACUGAUAUGCAGAAGCCAGGCAUGGUGGCAUCCCUAGUAAUCCUGACACUUAGGAGGCAGAAACAGAUUGUAGGUUGAGGUUUGUUUGGACCCUGUAUUAAAAUGACAGUGAGUGAGGCAAUCGGGUAGGGGAGUGACACUUGAAUAGUCUGCAAGUUUAUGGCCUGCUGUUAUUUGAUAACUAAUGCAUAUAUUAAAGCUGUUUUAGAAGUCUGGAA